UUGUCGAAGAAAUGAAAUAUUCAUUCCUCACUCGAGAAGCAUAGGUAUUUGGGGGUCUUCCAUGAAUUGAAAUUAGGUCGAGCUAAAACUGAAAUCGGGAGAGAGUAAUUUCUUGAGAUGGUGGUCGAAUAUUGGUGUUGGUAUAAGGUUGAAUUGGUUAUGUUUUGGGGGUUAAUCAGCAGCAACAAGACAGAUCUGUGAGGUUCUGAAGUGGAAAUGGAAAUGGGUUUUUGACCCUAAUUUUGGUGGAGCUAAUCAAUUGCAGGAAUUGGAGGUCUCUGCAGUGCGUGAUUUUACAGCAGCUACAACGGGUUUGAAGAUUGCGGAGUGUUGAAGAAGAGUCAAGUGGCUGAAGUAAUUGAUGAUAGUGGUGAUUACUCUUCAUUAUCUACUGUGGGUUUUUCUCUCAAACUGGUGGUGGUUGUGUCCGCGUAUUUGACCUGAAAUUGGUUCAAUUUGAGAUGUUAAUUAGAUGGUUUCUUCUAUGGGCAGAGAUUAAAUGUGAAUGAAAUCAUAUUUGGGGUUUCAUAUGUGGCCUGAAUUUCGGGGGUUUGUAUAUCAACUGAAAUUGGGAGAUUUGUCUCAACAAAUUGAGCAAUGAAAGAUGGAGUUAAGAGAUGAAGAUACGAAGAUGGGUUGGCAGAGAUGGUUCAAGUCUGAUUCAGUUCUAGUGAUGGCUGUGAAGGCUAGUUUGUACUCGAAUGGAAGAAGAUGAAAGCCAAGUUGGUGUUCUGGUACCUAGAAUGGGUUUGUUUUGCUAGUGUUGAUUAUGAAGGGUUUUCGAAGAUGAGAUGUUGCAACUGGAAGUGUUGGCUGAGCGCUCAGAUAACAAUGAAGACAAAGAACAGAAUUGUGGGUUUUAGCAUCAGACUGAUUGAGUAACAGCAUCAGGGCACCAGGCUACGAGACGGGCUUUGAUUGUUUGCGAUGGUAGAGGAAUUAAAUGGCUGAAAUAUGACAGUGGUGGUCUUGGAUGUGAACACAAGGAGGAGGACAGAAAGCAGACAAGUUGGUUCUGUGGCCGAAAUCUUAAUGAGCAGAACAAUGGAGUUAGAAGCCUAUAUUUAGUCUGCAAAGGAAGAGUGAAGAAGGAAUUGAACUUCCAUUGAAUAUCUAGCUGGUGUGUUGAUUCCAGUUCAUAUGUAGCAAUGUUGGUGCACCAAUUUUGGCAAGAGAAUUACAUGGAAGUGCAACCAGCUGUGGCCGAAGAUGGGGGCAACUGGAUUAGAGAGGAAUAUGGGAAGAGAGUCAGGUGUUGUGGACCUGUGGUUCGAGUUGGUGAUUAUUAUUGGAUCGGGCCUGGUAGUACUUGGACGGUACUGUUUGAAGUCUUAGCAGCACAUAUAAAUGCUCAGCAAGAUGGAGUAGGGGGGACAAUCCGCAUUCAGGGAAGAAAUAGGGUUUGAGCAUUUCUACUCGUUUUUCGAUACUAAGAUUUUAUUAUUUUCUUUAUCAGUUUCUAUGGAUUUUGAGAAAGUCAUGACUUUCUAAACCAUUAUUAGGGUCAAGGAUGUAUUUGUAGGUUAAUAUUGCUUGUGUUCUUAAACAAUGGUUUCAAAAGUAAAAGCUUAGUUUCAUGUUUGUGUUUCUCAAAAAUGGGUUGUUUGUUUAAUGAGUUUUUCAUGUCUUAUGCCAUGUAUAUUUCAUAGUUGAAUUCUAGAACAACAUCCAUACGAAACCUUGGUAACAAUUGCUUUAUGAAUAUUCUUUGACUAUGUAUGCCUAGUACUUUGGAUUUCUACCUUUUAGGUUGAGAACAAACACAUCCUCUUGAUAAUUCUUGUCUAUAAUUCUUAAUUGAAAAUAUCUUCUGUGUUUCGAUAGCUAGGUUCGCUAUUGUACAUGAGUGAAUUAGAGACCUUUGUGAGAGACAUAAGUGAAACCUAACCUACAACGGAUUCCGUAGCCCUAAUACUUCCACAUCUUGAUUACAAUUUCUUAUAAAUUUGCUUUAUUCUACUUGUUAGCUUAUUUUCUUAGUACAACAAUCUUUGAAAUAUUGCAUCUUGAUUAGUUAGUUCUUGAUAUUGAUUAGUAAUAGUUUUCACGCUCCUUGAGGGAAUGAACCGUGCUUGCUAUUGUGUGCAAUUUUGACACCGUGCACUUGCGGUAAAACAAAGCCGGUUUUCCGACCCAUCAAGCUUUUGGCGCCGCUGCCGGGGAGUGGUUGCAAAGCGCUCUUAUUGAUAUCAUCAAUUUUCUAGUCAUAGUUUUUGUACAUAGUGUAUUUUUGUUUUUAUUUUCUUUUAGUUCCUUUUAAGCAGUUUUUCUAAUUUUGUUUAGGUACCUUAGUGAGUUUGAAUCUCUCGAAAAACGGAAGAAAAGCUCUCUGAGAUUUUGCAAGGAAAAACCCAAAAAUGGGAGGCUAGAGAACCCAUAAGAUCAAUGACUAGUAGCACAGGGUUUCACAGAGUUGACAGUGAAUUGGACACCGAGGACAAGUUUGCUGAUAUGUUACGAAGAGUUAAGUCGUUAAAAAGAAUGCUGAAAUUAAGCAUGUUGAGUCUAUUACGCAUACGUCUUCUAUUAUAAUAAUUUUUCUGACCAAAAGUUUUCUAGUUUGGAAGAAAGUAUGAAUUUGUUUAUGCAGGCUACUCAAAGAUUUAUGGCGAACUUAGAUCAACAACUAGAUCAUAUUAUUAGCCAGUUAAAUGAGCGAGACAAGGAUCAGUUCCCGAGUCAAAUACAGCUCAACCCCAAGGGUUCUGUUGAGGUAAGCACAUCUGGUGCUAAGCCUACGCAUCAUGUCCAAGCCUUCUCUACCCUAAGAAGUGGACGGGUUGUGGAUAACCAUGUUCUUGAUGCUGAGGAGAAUGUGCAAGAUAGGAACCUGCCUAAUAUUACUCAGGUUACUCCUUCAACACAAAAAUAAACCGAUGAAGGUAAAUUCUGAAAUUUCUUAUGUUUCUCGCACUCCUUUUCCUCAAGCAUUACUACCUCGUAAGAAAGGAUCUAGUCCUAGUGACAUCUUAGAAGUGUUUAAACAAGUUAACGUCAACAUUCCACUCUUAGAUGCCAUUAAACAAAUUCCUUCUUAUGCUAAGUUCCUAAGAGAUAUGUGUACUAUGAAACGAAAAUUGAAUGUGCAUAAGAAAGCUUUCCUUACUGAACAGGUGAGCUCGAUUAUUACACAUAAAACUCCACGCAAGUUUAAAGAUCUGGGUUGUCCUACGAUUGCUUGCACUAUAGGUGAACAUAGGAUUGAACAUGCAUUGUUAGAUUUAGGGGCCAGUGUGAAUCUCUUGCCAUAUUUUGUGUAUGUGCAAUUAGAACUCGGUGAUUUGAAACCCACUAAUGUCACUCUCCAAUUGGUUGAUAGGUCAAUUAAAAUUCCUAGGGGAUUGGUAGAGGAUAUUCUUAUACAGGUUGAAAGUUUUGUUUAUCCUGUUGAUUUUAUUGUUUUAGAUACUCAACCUGUCUCUAAUCCUAGUCGGCAGAUUCCUGUCAUCUUAGGUAGACCUUUUUUGGCUACCUCGAAUGUGGUUAUCAACUGUCGCAAUGGAAUCAUGGAGCUUACUUUUGGAAAUAUGAAAAUGGAGAUAAAUAUGUUUAGCCUUUCAAAUUCGUCUGCGGUUUCUGAAACUUGUGAACAUGUAUGUAUGGUUAAUGGUGUGAAUGAUUAUACUCACUGUUAUAAUGAGAAUCUCGAAAACGUGUCUGAAAAUUUUGCAGGUUGUAAGGAGUUAACCAAAACCGAAUCAUCAGAUAUUUGUUCAUCUUGUUUUUCCAAGCCUGAUGAACUAGUUUUUCGUAAGACUAGUAGUAGUUAUCAAGAUGCUUUUAUAAGUGUGAAACAUAUGGAUACUGGUCAGUUAAUUCACAAUAAGAAAUUAGAACCAAGAAUUGUUUGCUUAGCUACUUUUGCCAAGUCAUGUGGUCUUGUGCUUAUUGACAUUGUUAAUGCAUUGCUCCCUCCUAAUCUAAAACCCAAUUGGGAGUCUCCAAUGGGAAUCAAAAUUGGUAAAUAUUCUGAACUUAUUCUUUAUGAGAGUGAGUUAUUUAUGGAUUCACAUAUUUUUUUGGGUAUUUGUAGUGUUUGCAGGUUCAUAGUUGCAGCUGAACUUGUGUGUUGGGUUGAUCCCCAGCUUUUCAGGCUUUACAUAUAUGCUUGGCAAGGUGAUGUUGUGUAUCGUCUUCGGUUCUUUUGAGAUUACUUGCUGCGCGCAAGCAGGGAACAAUAUCAUUUGCUUCAUGGGAGUCAACCCAUCAGUUUUGUUCCCUUUACUCUAUCUUCUAUUUUUGUUCGCCUCUUGCAUAUCGCGUUUUAGAAUUUCCCACCUUAACUCUACGUUGGAUGACUCAAUUACAUCGAGGACAAUGUAAAGUUUAAGUGUGGGGGAGCGGUUAACACCUUAGAUUUUUGUAGGUUAUUCACUUUCAUGUUAUGACCAGCUGUUGAGCGGGUCUGUAAAAAUAGGUUAUUGAUUUGCAUGUUAUGACUAGCUGUGGAGCGGGUCUGUUAAAAAAAAAGAAAAAAAAAGUGGUUUAUUUGAGCAUAUUGCAUUUCAUGACCAGCUGUGGAGCGGGUCUAUUUUUUUUUGUUUUCUUUUCAUAUUAUGACCGGCUGUGGAGCGGGUCUGUAAAAAUAAAGGAAAAAAAAGUGGUUUAUUUGAGUCUAUUGCAUUUUAUGACCAGCCGUGGAGCGGGUCUAAAAAUCAUGAUGACCAGCUAUUGAGCGGGUCUUGAAGUUUUGUAUAUGAUCAGCUGUGGAGCGGGUCUAAUUUUUGUUUUGCUCGGGACUAACAAAAUGUAAGUGUGGGGGAAUUUGAUAAGCACAUAAGUGCGAAACUUUUAUACCCACAUUUAUACUAUCUAGGUCUCGAUAUCUCGCUAAUAACUAUAUUUUAGAGUUUUUACAGGGAACACAAACGAAAUACGUUCACCCGGAAGAUAAAUGGCUAAUAAGCUAAUUUGGCGCUUAUGACUUGCGUUGCCAAAGGAGUCAGAGCUUAUGGGCUGCACUGCCCUGCCAUGGACAGAGAUAUCCAUGUUCCCUGAAGCAUGUGAGCCGCACGAGUGGAAGAUGAUUAGAAGACGUGGUUGCUUAUGCACCACAUUUUUGCAUUGAACAUCAUUUUCUCGUCUUUGUCAAAGAAAUUCAUUCCUCACUCGAGAAGCAGAGGUAUUUGGG